AUGGAACAUUCGAGCUGGGUGGACACGUCAACCAUACCCGGCUACAGGCCGCCCUACAGCGCCAGCUGCUCUGAGUUCAGUUGUGAUGGCGUGGCCGACGGGCGCCAGAACCCCGCUAGUUUCGUGUGGCAGCCCUUCCCACCCUGCUCCUACCAGCUGUGGCGCUCCGCAUCUCCUCUCUCCCUCGCUCCCCUGCCCAAUAGGAUGCAGCCACGUGUACUGCUGGAGAGGUACCGCAACAGUGUGAUAGCAUUUGUGGGCGACUCUUUGAACGACAAUCUCGUGGCCUCCUUUCGCUGCACCCUCGCUGCUGUCACGCCCUUCCAGGUGCGCCCUGCCCUUCCAGGUGCCGCUGCACAGGUGACGCACCUGUCUGCUGGUUGCUCCACCAUCCCAUUUCCUGCCCACUCCGCACCGUCCCACCCCUCACUCCCCCCUCUCUUCUUCCCUCUCCUCCCCUUCCCCCCUCUUCUAUCCCCCUCAUCUCCCGUCCCCGGUCCCGUGCGCUGGCAGCACGUGCGGGUGAGGGUGGGGGGGAGGCGGUACCGCAACGCAGUGGAGCUGCCGGCAUAUAGCCUCACCGUCGUCACCAUCGCCAGUGGCAAGCUCACCCGCCUCGUCAACUCGAGUUCAGCGAGGGUGAGGGUGGACGGGCAGUGGGCGGCCAUACUGCCACUGACAGCAGCCAUGGUCUUCACAGCCGGCCACCGCUUCUUCCACCAAGUCUGCUGCUCACACGCAGCAACGCCUGCCAUCCUCCUCUGCCGUACCUCCCAUCCCACCCCUCCUAACUACAUGUCGCCGGUACUGAAGCUGCGCAAGUCCCUCAAGGCAGUGCGUGACUAUAUCGAGCGCACCAACUACCCUGGCGUCCCCCUCUUUGUCUCCUACUCUCCGGCACACGACCGCACCCAGUGCAAAACGGCAGGCACUCCUCUAAACAACAUCACCGCCGCAAUCCAAGGGGGCGAUACCCGUGCCAUGGCGGUUCUAAAGGAGCAGCGGAAGCUGCUUGCAAGGUCACGGAUGCGGCUGGUGGAGAUAACGUACAUGAGCAUGCUGCGACCGGACGGGCAUUUGAAUCGAGCAGUGAGCGGCAGGAGGAAGGACUGCAGCCACUGGUGCCUGCCCGGCGUGCCUGAUGCCUGGUCUGAUGCCAUCUACUCCAUGCUCGUGCCAUAG